CAGUCUUACGUCUGCCGCCGACGUGAUUGGACAUUUAAUACCUCCCAAGUGAACAGGAAUUCUUUAGCUAUAUUUUGAGAGCAGAACUCUUGACGAGAUGCGUUCGAUUUGGCUGCUGCUCUGCUUGGGGCUGCUGGCACUUUCGCAAGUGCACGCUGAGGAUGAUGGUUUUUUGGACGAUAUUGCCGAGUUCGAUGACAACGAUGAGGAGUUCCUCCAACUGCUAGAGGAGAAGAACAAGAAUAAGGAUGUGGAGCGUGAGAAUGAACUGGCCCAGAAGCUGGCGGAGGUGCAGCAUAAUCUACUGACUCCGGUCGUCGAGGUUGAUCCCUGUGAGACCAUGCAUUGCGGUGCCGGUCGCAUCUGUCAGCUUAACAAGCAGGACAAGCCCGAGUGCAUCUGCAUACCCGAGUGUCCCGAGGAAACGGAUACACGUCGUCGUGUGUGCACCAACAAGAACGAGACCUGGCCAUCGGAUUGUUCCGUCUACCAGCAGCGUUGCUGGUGCGACAUCAAGGAGCCCGGCUGCCGUCAUCCCGACAAUGCCCAUUUGCAUAUUGAUUACUAUGGCGAGUGCCACGAGUCGCGUGUCUGCGAUGGCGAGGAUCUGAAGGACUUCCCACGUCGCAUGCGCGACUGGCUGUUCAACGUGAUGCGCGAUCUGGCCGAGCGCGAUGAGCUCACCGAGCACUAUAUGCAAAUGGAGCUGGAGGCCGAGACGAACAAUUCGCGUCGCUGGGCCAAUGCUGCAGUGUGGAAAUGGUGCGAUCUGGAUGGCGACACCGAUCGCUCUGUGUCACGUCACGAGCUGUUCCCCAUUCGUGCCCCGCUGGUCAGCUUGGAGCACUGCAUUGCACCGUUCCUCGAGUCGUGCGACUCCAACAAUGAUCAUCGCAUCACAUUGAUCGAGUGGGGCGCCUGCCUGGAGCUCGAUGCCGAGGACCUCAAGGAGCGUUGUGAGGAUGUGCAGAACUCGGUGCCACAAUUGCUGGGCUGAACAGCAGAUCCAGAUCCAGAUGCAAAUGCAGCCAGUUAUAUAUUUUAAGAAUGUAAUUUUACUACAAUUUUGUGCACAAUCGUUUAUUUCGAAAAACAGUAAAUUGUCUAAUAAAUUUUCCAAUAACAA